CGCCACCAUCGUGCUCUUCAGCCCGCCGAAAAACCCUAAACCCUAAAACACCGGGCAUUUGCAGAUCGGCGGGCGUGCGCAGGCAAACCGAUUCAUCCUCUUCCUCCGUUCAGCCCCUGACCAGCUCGAGAAGAUGCCUGACAAGGCCAAAAGGCGCCGCCUUUCGUCGUCCUCUCGGCCGCAGACCUUCUCGCCCUUCGCUCGUUCGCUCGCUCUCGCCGCGUCCGCGAGCUCGAGCGGCAAGCAGGACGCUACCGAUGAUGGGUUUGGCAAGAAUGCUCGGAAGGAGAAGAUUGAGCAGACCGAAUCCUCCGACGAGGAGAGCGCGCAUUCCCAGUCUUCUGACGAUGAUGAUGAUGAUGGUGGUGAAAUUGAAGGGGAAGUUCAAGCUGAUUUCGCUUUUUUCGACCCGAAACCGAGCGACUUUCACGGAGUGAAGAUAUUGCUACAAAACUACCUUGGUGACGAGGAAUGGGACUUGAGUGGAUUCGUAGACCUGAUAUUGGGACAGACGACGGUGGGGACUGUUGUUAAGAUAGAGGGUGCUGAAGACGAUGGGCUUUUCUCCGUUGUUUCCGCACUUAACCUGGAUAGAUAUAAGGAUCAUAAAUGUAUUAUCGAGCUGAAGGAGUACCUCCUUAAAGUGUGCCCAGAGAAUCCUGUGAUAGGUGAUCUCAGAGCACUUUUGAAGGAGCAAGCACAGCGUACUGGUCUUCUGGUGUCUCAGCACGUGAUGAAUUUUCCUCCCCAGCUUUUGCCACCACUCUAUGAUGCACUCUUUGAUGAAGUCUCUUGGGCUACGGAAGAUGAGCCCACUGAGGAGCUUAAGAACUCUUUCAAGUUCAGUAAUUAUCUACUAGUUAGCAAAAUUUAUAAGCUGAAGAGCGGUUCCCGGAAAAGUAAACAAAGCGGCAAUCAUGACAAAGAUGCAGAUAUUUUAUUCAGUAAGCUUGAAGAUGAAAUUUUUUACAAGCUCAGCUCAUGGUCCUUCAAUUUUCCUUUGCACACUCCGCCAGUUACAAAUCAUGAGCUGAAGAAUUACCAGUUGACAGGGUUAGUCAUGGCAGUAAAAGCAGAGAAAGUUACACAAUUCCGGGAAGAGUUGAAAUCUAUGAUCAAUGAGUCUUGAGACUGCAAAAAGAAUGGCAUUUUACAUUGCGGCAGGUUUCGUGAUGCAUCUGAUUGUAUCACAAAUAAGAUGUCGAUAAGAUCUCAUUUCCACCACACGGGAAAAGAUGCAGCUGGGCACGACAAAUUGUUCACUUUCUGCAAUCCAGGUGGAUUUGAUGGUUUUUCUCUCUGAAGUUGGAUUCCCUUGUAACUUCAUCUCGCUUCUGUAUGCUUUUCACCUUUGGCUGAAUGUGAUUGCUUUUGCAAGUGCUUCAGAAUGGAUCAUAGGAGACUCUCUGUUGAAGGUCAAUAUGGAAAAAAAUGCUCAUACAUAUUCUUCUAGGCAAAGCAAUUUGACAACAAAUAUGUUGUUCUCAUUCUUCAUCUCUGCAAAAUAUAUAUUUAAGCUUCCACAGCAA